AUGCUGUCGCUCUCUCUUCCUUCAAGAUUGCAGAAGGCGUUGGUUGGGAUGAUGAUGGAUCUAGGCACGCGUCGUUUAGAGUUAGCAAAGAAGGCAAAGGCAAAACAUGAUCUCAGCCUGCAUCGCAAACUAAAAGAUCUUGAUAUCAGACAGGAGGCCGCAGCUGCAGCAGCCGACACGCGAUUCGACGGAUCAUCAACGGCCUACGCCACCACAGCCAGCUCUGCCCGGACUGGCCGAUCGCUGUUCCAACAUUCGCCUUCUCCAGGUACUACUUUCGCUCAUACCGAAGACCUCGCCGAAGCCGGAUGGUUUAGCUCGGCCCGCUGUCGCUAUUGCAUUUCCGUCACUCGCGCCGCAGGGUGUCUGAUUGGAGGUAGCGUGGCAUCAGCAGCCACGAUGGAUCCAGACUCGGAUAGGGUGGUGAAGUUGGAAGAGACGGACAUCGAGGAAGAAAUAUACACGGUUCUGGUGGAAAAGCGCAGGAAGGAGGAGGAGUGCAGGAAGCAGGAAGCCAAGAAGCCAUUCAGACCGGUCCGGGCCACGAUAAGUGCGCUGUUAAGACUUUUCGUCUGGUACUCAGUGUUUACAGCCCUGUUCUACUGCCCGUCGUCCGUAUCCGAGCUCGACGAUCAGUCACCUCGAGUCUGCAGACCAUACCUAGUCGUAAGGACACACUUGGAACCGCAUCUAGCUCCCUAUUAUCGCAAAUACGGAGCGCCUUAUGUCGAGAAGCUUGAGCCAUACGCACAUUCUUUCCACGAAAAGGUAUAUACUCCCACGGCGCAGUUCUCGAAGGAUGUCUACCAUGGCUACGCUGCCCUUCAUGUCCAGCGCGGUGCACAGCUAGCCAAGGAGCAAUGGACCCAGAGAGUUUCGCCACAUAUAGACCCUCUCCAGAAGCAGAUCACCGGAUACUAUGGUGCGUCUGUCGAACCGCACGUCAAAUCCGCGCAAUCGAUCAUAGUCCCUCAGGUUCGUGUGGCGGUCGCGCAGAGCGUUCUGGUCAAGGACAAAUACCUCAUUCCCUAUUAUAUUCGGACUAGGCCAGUGGUGCAGAGAGCCUAUGCGACUGUUCACAACUUGGUCGUAUCGACGAUAGCACCGUACACACAGAGAGCAGGGUCGGCUAUCUUUCUGUUCCUCAACGGCACUGUGCGAACACACAUCACACACCUCUAUUCAGAGAACGUGGAGCCCCAGCUUGUAAAAAUUGGUGCAAAGCUUGCCAGUUACCGUGAAGGCCGGACGAUACAACACGUCAAUUUAGAGACUGCUAGUAUCACGGUCGAAGUACCGAUCUCUGCAACAGAGCCAGAAACAAGGGAACAUGUAGAGUCGAAAGCUACACAAACUUCGUCAUCCGUGGAACUUCCCACUACCACAGAGCUGACUCCGGCUCAACAAACCGAACAAGCCCGCGAAAAGAUUGCGACCGAUCUAAGGACUUGGAAGGAGAGGUCCGCUGCCUCAGCUGAAAAGGGGCGUGAAAACGUACAGGAAAAAGUCCAUCAGAUUGUUGAGAGCAUUUACAAUCGCCAACGGCCCGUAGGUGAGGCCCUCCUCUCUUCGUUGCAAGGGGUGGUCGAACGCGAGCUACACGGAUUGAAAAGCGAACUAUACGACAUCGUUCAGUCGAUCCCUGCCGAAUAUACACCAGAAGAUGAAUUGGGCGCCCAAGACGAAUUUCUGCAGGCCCUGAAGUUAUCUAGCCUUGCCAUCCGGGAGCGGGCGCACGACCUCCGCCUCUGGUUCAACGAGUAUAUGGAUACCCUCACGGAGUCCAUUAACAAGACCGUAAACAACACGCUGGAUGUGCUCGACAAUGUCCGCAACCUUAGCCUCCAGGAAAUUGGAAUGCGCUGGUCACAGAUGGACGGUGUCACCUACAACGACUGGGCCAACUUCUACGACCUGAAAACCAAACUCGUGGAAUGGAAAGACGAUAUUCGACAGGCUGGUAUGCAGCACAAUACCUUCCUUGCUGCCAAGGAGUUUGCAGACUCUAUCGUCGCGGCGGGAAUGGACGCUGCACGAAACGCUGCACAGCAGCUGUCAGAGCUAAAGGCGAUUGGCAAGCUAAAAAUUGAAGCUGGGGAGACGAGCGAAAAUCUUGAUGUCAGCCACAUCAAUGAGGAGAUGAUACAGGAAAGAAGAAAGUCUAUGAAGACCAGUUCACCUCCCACUCCACUUAAGACCACGGACCUUUCGGAUUCACCCACACCAAGUGAUACAGAAGUCGUACAAUCGGCUUCUGAGCCGUCAGCUCCCACAAGCUCUGUGGCCGAGAGCCCAGGGGAGGAAGUCGAGGCUCCACUAGUAGACAAUAACGGCGAACAACCCAAGGCAGCCUUCUUCGACGCAGAGCCAACCCCUUCAGCCGACGCUCCGGCAAUAGAGCCAACCCCUGAAGUACCGGCUUUAGAAGAGACCCCUGCCACGGGAACCCCAAGCGAAUCCGCACCGAACACAACAUCUAUAGCAGCCAUUAUCCCCCCAUUGGCCUCGGGAAUCCCAGGCUCGGACCUAUCAGACGCAACAACAUCAGAUUCGGAUAAAGUGAUAGAUUACAUUUACAAGGAACAAGUCCAAUUAGAGGCUGCCGACGAACAGCGCAAAGCCACAGUACCAGCACAUGAAGACUCUUCUUCAAUCCCCAGCUUGAUUUUAGCCUCAAGCACGGCUUCGGCAAUUCCUAGCCUUGUGACGCAGAAGAUUGAAGAUGCCAUACUAGGCGUUUCAGAUGAUAGCAUCUCAAGCUCUACUCUUGAAAAUAUUUUAGAACCCGCUCCGUUGACACCCUUGACGGAAGCCCUUGGGGUCGAUGAGAUCAUCGACUCCGCAACAGAUGAGCUCAGCUCAGUCAUCGAUUCUGCAAAGGCUGGACUGGAAGGGGAAUCACCUAUCCCCAGCGAGAAAGUCAAUUCUCUCAUCGGAGAUGCAAGCAUGAAACUCGACGAAGUCUUGCCAUCGGCCCAAUCAUCCAUAAGCUCUCUCGAGGAGAUACCAGUCGCCUCUCCAUCCCAAUCAGCUGGCGAUAAGCAGCAGGAAUCCAUCGACAACGAGAUCGCAAGGCUAACAGCUGCCCUACAGGCGGCUCAAGCUCGUCUAUUAGAAUUAACCCAAGCGGGGAGCUCGACCACGGACACCCCCGAGCACAAGACAGAAUCGGAGUCCACCAUCCCCGAACCCCCGUCUGCAUCCAGUCACGCAGAUGAAAUAUAA